AUGGCGGCGGCGGCGGCGGCGAUUAAGCGCCUCGCGAAGGAGAAAGAAAAACUCGAUGAAUCACGCGUGCGUGAGUUUUACACCUGCCCGCUCGCUGACAUCUUUGAGUGGCACUUCACUAUGCAGGGGCCGGACAACUCGCCGUACGAGGGAGGCUUGUACCACGGCGUUAUUCGCUUUCCUCGCAACUAUCCCCUUGCCCCGCCGGACAUCAUCUUCCUCACCAACAGCGGCCGCUUUGAGGUAGGCACGAAGAUCUGCUCCUCCAUCAGCAGCUUCCACCCGGAGCUGUGGCAGCCGGCGUACAACAUCGAGCUCGUCCUCGUGGCGCUGCGGCUCUUCAUGGCGCAGGACGAGGAGCUUGGCGUGGGGUCCCUUAGGAAGCGGUACGUCACGCCGGAGGAGAAGCGGCGGCUGGCGAAGGAGAGCCACCACUUCAGCUGCGCGGCAUGUGGAAUGUCGAGUGCGUGGGAAGUGUGGAAGACGCAGAUGGAGCAGUACCCGCCGGUGUCGCCAGGAGUGGGGGCGAAUUUGCCAAGAGUGAUGGAUCAGCCACAAAGCAACGUGGAAGCACCCGCCGCCGGUGAUGGCGAGGUAGAAGCCGCAUCACCGGAUGGGCCGGUGGCGAGUGCCUCCCCCCCGGCUGCCGCUAGCACGGCCCUCACGGCGCCGGCAACAGCAGAUGUGACAAAGACGAUGGUGGAGAGACAUGCGGGGAACAGUCAUGUAGGCCAGGGAGCCGUCGUGGAGACCGCCACAGCGGCGCAGGUGACGACUGCGUAUGCAGGAAGCAGGGUGGGUUCGGAAGCGGGCGUGGAAACGGAAACAGAAAGAGAGGAGGCGUCCCCACCAGCUGUGAAGUGCAGAGCACCUGCGACUGAAACAAAGACCACAACGCAAACAAAGGAAGAGCCCCAGCCUCACCCGCAGAGAUGGGAUGAAUAUGAAGGCGUAAACGCGACACGGUAUAGGUUUUCCAGUAAUUUAUCCGAAGCCCCAGGACAACAUAUGGCGGGUGAGGAGGCAUCCCCAGUUGUUGUACCUGCCUCGCCUGAGUUCUUCCGUAUUCACGUUGGUGACUGGGUUCAGCUGCGUGUGCAACUCAGAAAACUCGACGCUCUCAUUACCAUCUGCGCUGUUGUUUUUAUGGCGAUGGUGCUGAAGAAAUGCUACUGGCCCUAG